UGGAUAACAUCUGGCGUACCAUAGCGGAAACGUAUCGCAACCGGUUAUCACUUGCGAGAAAUUUAUUUAAAAUGCCACUGGAAUUUACAUUAUUAUCUUCAGAAUGAGUGCUGCUAGAAAGAUUUCAAGCAGCAGAGCUGCAUCUAGUACAAUCAAGGGUAAUAAUCGCAAAGCUUUGUCGUCAAUUAAGUCUCAUAUUUCUAGAAAUGGCGACGUUUCUACCGAGAAGCGAACGACGACUGUCGUUAAAAAUGGAUCUGUUGACGGUUUCCAAGCAAAAGGAAAAGACGAAAAAUUGCACAGAUCUUCCCGACAACCACACUUAAAGCAGAGCACUUCAGCCAGGAAAGCUUCUCCAGUGCAGAGAAGACCUUCGCCCUCUUCUUCCUCCUCCCAUCCUCCAUCGGCUGCCAGUGUCAAUGGAAGACAUCAGAGACUUCCAGACAAACCGGACGGCAUUGUAUUUACCAACAAGGAGGCGGUCAGUGCAUGGGUCAAUGGAGGGGUGGAGGACCAUGAAGGGGCAGGAGGAACAAAUACGCCUGCUGGCAAGAUCAUCCCUAGAGAUGUAUUGGAAAAGAGUCAAGAAAGUGAAGUUACAAAGGUGUAUGACGUUGACCUUCAUGGAGUCAACAUUGGAACCAUCAAAAAUUUGGACAUGUUUAUAAACCUGAGAGUACUGGAUCUGUCCUGCAAUUGCAUCAGGAAUAUUGAGAAUCUUGCCAAUAACAAGGAUCUGAGAGAACUGAAGCUGUAUGAUAAUAGGAUCAGUGCUAUUGCUAACAUUGAGAGGUUACAAGAGUUAUGUUCACUGCAACUCCAGCACAACAAAAUCAGAACAAUAGGCAAAGGGCUUGCAUUAUCAAGAAAGCUCAAGAUUCUUAGAUUAGAUAGCAAUUAUUUGGGGAAGAUAGAAGCCAGGGAGUUAGCAGCAUGCUCACAACUCACCUAUCUAGAUGUCAGCUCCAACAAGCUUGAUAGCUUAUCUGCCUUGAAUGCCCUGUCAUCAUUAGAAGAGCUCAGAGCAACACACAAUUCUUUAAGAGCUGUUACAGAUCUCAAGAGAUGUCGUAAGCUACAAGAGCUUGAUGUAUCCAACAACAAGAUAGCAGAUCUAAGUGGACUCAAGAGCCUUCAUAACCUGACUGUUCUGAUGAUAUCUCACAAUCAGCUGACCUCUGACACUUUGAAAGCUGUAGACAAGCUAAGGGCGCUACACACGAUAGAUAUCUCCCACAACAAGCUCACUGAAUUGGAUUUCCUUGUAGAUCAGUUCCCCGCCCUUGAAGUACUCAAUGUCAGAAACAACAGGAUCGUCAGGUGGAAGGCAGUGCUAUCUCUCCAUAGAUGUCAGUGUCUGUCAGAGCUCUAUGUUCAAGGCAAUCCCUUCACGCUACCAGAAGGAGAAAAACCAAGCUAUCACCAGGAGCUGCAGGCUACUCUCUUGGGUCUGGAGAUUCUAGAUGGAGCUGUGGUUAAGAGGAAUGCAGGGAGUAAAACAGCCCCCAUCAUGAGACCUAUGUCAGCAUCAACAGUGGUGAGUGCAAGACAGGUGGAGAAUCAGCUGAAGCAUUCAGACCAAGACCUGGCUGAUUUCAUGACCAGCCUCUCAAACAGGUUUGCCAACAUCCGUACCGUGUUGAACACCCUACCCAGCGAGCCUCCCAGGCAGAGACCCAUGACGGGAUUCUCAGAUGAUCUAUCAAUACGAAGCGUGUCCGCCAUGUCAGACGGUAGACCAAAGACCAGGUGCAACAGCCGCAGCAGAAUUGCAGAGGCCCAGGCCUUCGCAUCCCAAAACUUUACAAGGUAGCUGAACAAACUGAUGAGCUUAUCAUCCCUUGCAAUUGUAAGCUGUAGAGGUCACUGGUCAAUCUCCGGUGGGAGGCCUGUAUAUCUACUGUGGUUUAUGUAUCUUAAUGUGAGAUAUAGAUGUCAUUGGUCAUUGUAGGGUUACACAACCCUGUACUGUGGAGUGUGGAGCCUUGUUACAGUGGACAUCUUGGUCCCAAGGAAAUCCCCUUGUUAAAUUGAAACGUGAUUAAACACAGCUCAAACACAAUAGGACACAAGAAAGUGUUACCAGCAAAGACUUCAUUGUCAUAGUGAGUUUGUUACUAUGCUCUGCUUUAUAAGGUUCCAUGAUUUUAAAAUCCAGUAUCCAUUAAAUGGAUGGGACGAUGGUCUGCUAUGGUGACAAGGCGACCAUUAUUGCAUUUUGAAAUCAAAUGGCAUUUUCUCUCAUUGAUAUAACCAUAUUGGAUGCUGUAGAUAUGAAAAUAUAUCAAGUUUUUACCCGAAUCCACUUUAGAGCAUUAGUGAUAUCUGUUAUUGGUCAGAUUAUGGGAACCGUUUCCAUCAGAUUUUUCCCUCAAAUUCAAAUCAAUCAGUAUUGCACUUAAGCGUAUGUGUAUAAUCUUCUUGUGAUUUAUAAUAUCAGUUUGUAGAGCAAACUGACUGGUUUGCAUCUUUUCCAAGUUGAGCAUUGUACAAGUAUUAUAUAUAUAUAUAUACUCUUACUUCACAUGUUACAUAUUGCAGUGAGAACAGUCAUUCUGAUAGUAUCUCUCAUAAUGCGCAGCCAGUGCAGGCGCUGGCAAUGCAAUUUGAAAGUUGAAAGUAAUCGAGUGACUGACUUUUGUUUCAACUUUUAUCAUCAGCAUGAGAUGCUGACUGAGAGUGAUGUAAACUUUAUUUUGAAAAGGAGUUUCAGUACUUCAUUUUAAAGUCAGUUGAUAUCACAUAGACCUUGUUAGAACACAAUAUCAAUUAGAUGAUACAGGCUUUAUCUUAUUUAUUUUUCAUUUUGUGUCCAGUGGUUGUAGAAUUAAAAGAAAAGAAAAAUUGAGUGUAUCACAAAAAAAAGCACUGAAGGGUUACCAGUGCCAUUUCUCAUCUAGAGCACAUACCAAUAU